GUUUUUCAUUUCAUUCAUUGUUUUUAAAGAUCAACAAGAGUUUACAUCUCCAUUAUCAUCGGUGAUGAAAACAAGCGGCAAAAGCCAAAGCAACAAAACGUCUCAAAAUUGUAUUAGCUCAAUCAAAAGAUUGUGCAAAUUUCAAGAUUGCGCUCCAACAAGUAAAAAAACAACAACUUCCUUCAAAAAUAAAACAUAAAUAACUGUGCUGUGCUGUGGGUGUGUUGUUGUUAUUGUGACUAUACUGCUUACGGAGAAUUCCCGACACAAAACUACUCGGCAUCUAACGUCAAGACAGCGUGAAAUUCACAGCCUACGCUGACCACAUUUUCAAGCUUCGGGAUUCUGAAUUUCAAACGAGAAGUGUAGUGGAUGAGCUGAGGAGUUGUCUUACAGAGUGUCUCGACCAUUGCAGAGUGACACUGCAGAAUGUCACUUAAUUGCUGCAGGGUGGCGGUUGCUGCCCAACUAUCUCUUCAUGGUGGUGGGAUCAUCACGUGUAGAUGCACUCAACUAAGAGCAAGAGGACCAACCCUGAACCCUGCUAAAGGUCCGUCUGGAAACAGGUCAUUGUCAUCCUCCUCCUCCUCCUCAAAGACCACUGAACCGGAGGAUCUAACUGUCAAGAAAGCAAAACAGAAAUCAGCAUUAAGUUUCCAGGAUAGAGUCAAAUAUCUGAGAGAAUCUGUAACAACUGCAAGUACAAGGGUACAGGAUAGUCUCCACAGCUCCAGGGAAGCAUUCUUAGAGAGCAUGCAUGCGCUGCAGACAUCAUCUGAUGGUAAAGAGGUCAAGUCUAAAUUCACUGUGAAGAGCGACAGGAAGGAGGUUCUCAGUGAUGAGACAUUUGAUUCUGAUGGUCAUGAAAGCUCAACAGCGUCAGACCACAACAAUAAUUCAGUUGAUAGCAAAGUUGAGAGUCUGAACCCGAAUUGUGGGUCUAAUGAAGACCUGCCUAAAGGUAUUGAAAAAUCGUCAACAGAAGGGGAGGUAGCUAGUUCUCAAGCAAGAAAGCCAGAGGUGUCAUACACACAGCCAGAUUUCUGGAUCAAUAUACCUUCCUUACAGGACCGCCUCAAUCGGAUGAAAGUCCCGUUCAGGAGGACAGCUCCACAAAAUUCCACAUCAGAACCAGCCUCAGAUAAUUUGCAAGAAGGCCACCAAGACGAUGGUGUAGUACAUCUUGAGCCAAUGUUAAAGGUGGAUCACCCACAUCAUAGCAAUCGGAAGCCACGAGACGCUGAUGCAUUCAAACCAGAGAGCUUCGAGGUAACAGCUGAAGUGCAGUCUGAUGGGCAUGAAUCAGAUCAAAAGACUGAUGAGGGAUCAAGAGGUCACAGCAAGAAGCCCUCCCUCAAGGCUGCUUCUCCAAAUGUUAUGAAGUCUUUCCCUGGUAUGGUGUCAUCGAAUGAUAGUGAAGAUAAAAAGAGCGGAGCUGACACCAACACAUCCUUGAAGGAAAGCAGAGAGACAUACGAGUUUGACUUUGAGACCAGUCCAAUCUUAGAAAUGAAUGUUGCAUUGCUUGAGCCAAGAGAGAUGCAACAAGGAGGGGUCACCAGAAAGGUGUUGGCUGCCAGGGAGACACGGGAGGAGGCACAGAGAAGGAAAGAGAAGAUUGAGGCAGAGGAAGUAGCAGCUAAGAAAGCUACAAGAAAACCAAUGAAGCCAGUUAUUUCUAAAGCCAGCAUUGACGACCGGACAAAGAAUCUUGCCAUUGGAAUUCGCUGUGCUGGAAGUAACUCUUCAAGACUCUUGAAGCUGGAAAAACUAGCUGCUCAUCUGACACUCUACCCGGAGUCAAGAGAGGUUGCUGUCAAAGAGCGAUUGAUUCCAUCCUUGUUGAAGAUCCAGAAUUCCUGGGAUAAGGCGCUGACGGAGCAGGUUCAUGAGACACUGGCUCUCUUGGGAUAUGCACCUCCAGUAAAGGGGCGUGGCAUCAGAAUCUUAUCAGUAGAUGGUGGCGGUACAAGAGGUGUGAUUGCAAUUGAAGCUCUCCGCGAGAUUGAGCGGCGGACCAACAAACCAAUUCGAGAGCUCUUUGAUUACAUGAUAGGCGUCAGCUCAGGGGCAGUGUUGUGCUUCCUCCUGGCCUUUGAUGGCGCUACGUUGGAUGAGUGUGAGGAGCUGUACAGAGAGUUGAGUCAAGAUGUCUUUAAGAGGAACACGCUCCUUGGCACGAGCAAACUGUUCUUAAACCACGCUUUCUACGAUACGGAGGGCUGGAUCAAGAUACUCAGGACACAUUCUUUGGGAGAUAUUCCAAUGAUGUCAACAGCAAGGGACGCAACAUGCCCGAAGGUGGCAGCAGUUGCAGCGAUGAUGAAUAUCGGUUGCAUAAAGGACUUCCUGUUUCGCAAUUACAACUUACCAUCUGGUGUUCAGUCUCACUACAGAGGCUCCUGCAAGUAUGAGCUGUGGCAGGCAGCACGGGCUUCAUCUGCGGCACCCGGCUAUUUUGAAGAAUUCAAACUGGAUGAUUUUGUGUUUCAGGAUGGCGGAGUAUUGACAAAUAACCCAAGUGCUCUCGCCGUUCAUGAGUGUCGCCUGCUAUGGCCGGACACCCCUAUCCAGUGUGUGGUAUCCAUGGGAUGUGGGAGAUAUGAUCCAUCAGAUGACAUCGCUGAGCCUGAGUACAGCAGCCUCAAGAAGAAACUCACCAACAUUAUGAUGAGUGCCACGGACACUGAGUCUGUACACACAGUACUCCAAGAUCUUUUGCCGAGUGGGGCGUAUUUUCGUUUCAACCCUUCCAUCACGGAGGACUUCUUACUGGAUGAGAACCGCACUGAGAAGAUUGCUCAGAUGCAGGAGGAAGCCAGGGACUACCUGGAGCUGAAUGAGCUGAAAAUGGAGCAGGUCAGUGGGGUCUUAAGCCGGGAGAAGACUCGGCUUCAAAAGCUCCUUGACUGGGUACAGGUGCAACGUGAGGUUAGGAGACGAUGACACAAGGAUCUCCAGGAAACUGAAUGAGCUCUGGACGGUGCUGGCAGGUUGUGAUCUAUCCCGAGAGACAAUCUGCCUGUUGAGAGACUCCGUUGCCAAGUAAGUCUUGCAGCAAGAGCUGAGAAGAAUCUCCAGGAUACUAAAUGAGCUCUGGACGGUGCUGGCAGGUUGUGCUCUAUCCCAAGAGAUGACCUGCCCAAGAUACUGAGCAAGUCUGCACAAUAGCUGACCUGUGAAGACUAUGAUGCUUAGAUCUCCAGAAUGCUGAACUAGCUGCGUAUGCUGUCGGUUGGUGGUGUUUAUCCUACAAGAAGGCUUGCCCAGAGACUCCUGGACUGGGAUUUCUUUGAGAAAAUUAAUGCAUAUCUACAUGGUGUCUUUGAAGAGGAUCAAAAUUGUUUGGUAUUUUUGCAUCAAGAGCUGAGGAGUAUAUAUAGAUUUGAUAUUUUGAAUGUGGAAGGAUCUCCAGAUUUAAUAGAGCUGCUUAAGCAGACAAUUUAACAGAUACAUGCUAAGCAGAAAUAAGCCAGAUACCAGUCAAAGUGGUAAAUGUGACAUGAUAUUCUUGCUGGUAUCCUUAAUCUGGUGAGCAUAAUUUUGUUGCGCUUAGCUUAUUUUUUGUGCUUAAGCUCUAUGAUAAUGGUCCCUGGGCCUGGAGACUCUGGCUUGGAAUUUGGGAUUUGGAAUGGGAGAUUGGCACCUUCUGACACUUUGACUCUCAGGAAUGCAGCUGAUUUUACUGCAAUAUACUUAAAUGCUGCAACUUAAAAAUGAAUCAAAAUAAGUGUGAACAGUUUUCGAGGUUUGCUAAGAUUUUAAAUAUUCAUACAAUAGUGGUUAUCAGGGUAAAGUAAGUACGCUGUGGUCUUGAUGAAACUCUGGCAGUACUUAAAAAUGAACAAUAUUCACUUGGUCACAAACCUAAAUUGAUGUUUCUAGAAGAAUACGAUGUCGACUACUGCCAGCUUUCCUAAAGAACAGAGUUAGUCUGAAAUUAAGAGAGUAAAAGAGUCGGCGAUGAGGUCCAAAACAAUCGUUUAAAAUUGCCAGGGUUGUGAAUGUGCAUUAAAGGAUUGAGCUAAAUGCGAGAUCCUUUAUAGCAAGGCCAAAACACUGCAAGGUUUUAAACAGCCGUUUAAAGACACUGGGCUGUGGACACUAUUGGUAAUUGUCAAAGACCAGU